AUUCGUGAUCCUUCGACACGUACUCGUCUCUGGCUUGGUACUUUCGCCACGGCGGAGGAAGCUGCUUUAGGUUACGACAGAGCAGCGAUUCGACUCAAGGGACAUAACGCUCAGACUAAUUUUCUCACUCCUCCUCCUCCACCUCCUCUUCCUCCGGUGAUUGAUCUUGAAACGGUGUCUGGUUGUGAUUCAGCGAAGGAAUCACAGAUCAGUAGUAGUCUAUGUUCUCCGACUUCUGUUCUCCGGUUUGGUCACUACGAAGAAACAGAGUUCAGAACAGAACCGAUGACAAAGCAGGAAGAAGCUUUAUUAUCAUCGGAUCCGUUUUUCUUGCCUGAUUUGUUUCGCUCCGGUGACUUUUUCUGGGAUUCCAAAUUUACCCCUGAUCCUCUGUUUCUUCUUGACGAAACAACCCAUAACAACCAAAACAACAACACAGUGUCUGAGAGUUUUCCGUUAGGAGUGAUCGGAGAUUUCAGCUCGUGGGACGUUGAUGAGUUUUUCCAAGAUCAUUUGUUCGAUAAGUAAGUUGAGGUCUUCCUCUGAAAAUUUUCUGGGUUUUUUUUUUUUGUGAGUGAUGGUGGUGGAUGAGUGAGUGGUUUGAUGAUAGCGACGGGGAUGCAUCUUAGCCGUCCGUUUUCCCCUUU